UAAAAUUGAUGGUGUAGAUUAUUCAAAGUGGAUUGAUGCAGUGAGAUCUGGUGGUGGUUUCUGGUGUCCACAUGUGGCAGCAGUCACCACCUGACCUGGGCAGCAUGGAGGCAGAGAGAUGUCUGGGCAGAGCACCUCACAUUUUCAGGGUGGGGUUUUAAAAGAGCUGCAUCAAGUUGGAGACAAUUCAAUACAGGGGAAACAGGAAGUAAUCUGGGUUUCUCUUCAAAAUAGAGCUCAGAGGUGGGUCUUAGGGACAAAGCAUGGCAGUGACAAGGUAGUUGAUAGUAUAGAAUAAAUCAGAGCGCCAUUGUUCUGAAUUUAUGAGUAAUACAAGACAGUUUUAAUCAUGAAAAAAAAUGUGUAUAUGUAUUUUCCAUUUUCUCAUGUAAUUACGCUUUUCUGGUGUUUGUGCUGAUGGAACUGGUUGGACAGGAUUGUGCAAAGUUCAGUUUGUCUGAUGAUUAAGGAUGCGGGUAUUUUAUCUGUCAUGCAACACUGACCUAAAUAUCUAUGUUUCUCUCUUGUGUUGCCUGCUCUAUGUGCCCAUGAAUGUAUUGUUGACCUGAAUACUGUGGCAUCGCUGAGCUUUGCCUCCAAUCCUGCCCUGUGGCCACUCGCAGAACUCCAGAGAAUAAUUCCCCUUUGGACACUAAAGCAUUUUCCCCAUAGAGCACCAACACCAGGCAUUUAAACCCUGUGUGGGAGCGUCCUUAUCGAGUCGUUAGGACCCCUUUUGGGUCGUUGACUUAACCGGCCUUCAUGUGGGUUACUGAGUCUAGGUGAGACCAGGUGUGAAUGGUUGUUAUGCUGUCUGGGGAAGGGAACUCAGUCCUGCAUUAUAGGUGGGUGAUAGGUAAUGUUGUAAGCCACCUCCUCUGUUCAAAGAUUGUCGUUCCAAUUUGACACAUAUGGAUUCUAUUACUCCUCUAUCAAAUACUGACUGUAUCUGAAAUCACCCACUCAUAGGGAGUCCAGCAUAGUGGACUACAUAGGGAGCUCUUCGGCAGAAGGAAAGGGUUAGUGACCAUCGCUUCUACACUAUUAUUUGUGAUGCAUUGUGGGAUACGUUGAGUCCCCUAUAUAGGAUAUUUUAGUGGACUGAACAGACAUAAUUCACCAUCUUCUUAGUUUCCCUCUCACUGACAGCUGACUGUUGGGCAAGGCCCCUAGUAAGCAUCAGUGAAUAACCAUGGCAACGAAGAGUUGUGAGUGAAUAACCGUGGCAGCGGAGUUGGGAGGGGAUGGGAGUGUUAGCGUUGUUUCCCACUGUUGGAGGGUCUUUUUGUGUUUUGUGAAUAAAUGACUGAUAAAGCAGUCAAAGAGAGAAGUUGUUCGCUUCCUAUUUUCCACAACUUCUUCUGUUUAAUAAUUCCCAUUAGACAGUAAUACAAAAUGGCUACUUCUCUGGACAGGAUCUUUACAUCUUUAUAUGAUGAUCGAUUCUCCUUCAGAUGUAAGAGUUCAUCCAACAAUAUACAAUCAGAUAAUAUUAAACACAUUAGAAACACCUGUGCCCUGAACACUUUGACCAAAUCUGGAGUUGUUAAGUCAACAGUGGAAAUACGGGCGUUUUAUUUUGAAAGCUGUAACCGGAAGUCGUCUCAGUCUUUCUGCCCAGCACUGCCGGUGUCGUCGCAGCGGGUCAGGAGACUUCGGCUCCGCUCGGAGAAACAGCACCGGACUGUAUGGUGGAGAACCGUUUUGCAUUUUUUACCUUUUUCUGGGGACCGGCUGUAUGAUUAAGCUACAAUCUUCAAUGAGUAAGCAUAUUCCACAGUUCUGUGGUGUUCUGGGUCACACAUUUAUGGAGUUUCUGAAGGGCAGUGGGGACUACUGCCAGGCUCAGCACGCUGCCUAUGCAGACGAGUGAACAGCCAAACUCGCCAUCGAUCCGAAGCACUUGAGCCACAGGAGGGACCCCGGAAAGUUGGCAGGACCGGGACGCCUCCCAGAACCAGCGACAACUCGGCCUGGAUGGGGUAACUCCACCCGCUGCACACUGCCCUCGUCGGCUUCCGCCUGGCCUGAAUCAAGGUGGAACCAGCCUUGUUUUUUUUUCCUUCCUUUUCUUUUGUUUUAUCCCGAAGGAGAGGGUUUUUGAGUUGUUUCUCUGAUUGUCCGCCCUUUUUAGGCCUCUAACUCCCAAAUUUUGCCCACUCGCCUGUCGCAGCCUUCUUUUUCGUUUAGCCUUGCCAACCUCGAAGGAAGACCAGCGGAUUUCUGUUGCUAGAAGCUCGUUGGACGUUUUUUUUGUUUGACAUUCCCUCCGAGUUUAACUACGUGUUUACAUUAGUGUUUUUACUCCGUGGAAGACUUUUGGGUUUUGUUAUUUUUUUACGUUGUCACAAUGGCUCGUAUGAACAGACCAGCCCCUGUGGAGAUCACCUACAAGAACAUGAGAUUCCUCAUUACCCACAAUCCCACUAACGCCACCCUGAACAAGUUCAUCGAGGAGCUGAAGAAAUAUGGAGUGACCACCGUUGUUAGAGUUUGCGAGGCCACCUAUGAUGCCACCCUGGUGGUGAAAGAAGGAAUACAAGUUCUGGAUUGGCCGUUCGACGAUGGAGCUCCACCCUCCAACCAGAUCGUGGAUGAUUGGCUGAACCUGCUGAAACUGAAGUUCAGGGAGGAGCCCGGCUGCUGCGUCGCUGUCCACUGUGUGGCAGGGCUGGGGAGAGCUCCUGUCCUGGUCGCACUCGCCUUGAUCGAAUGUGGGAUGAAAUAUGAAGAUGCUGUCCAGUUCAUUCGACAGACAGUAAAGAGAAAGUCAGGAAGCCUCUGGACACAGUGCCUAAACCAUCAGGAUAUUAGGACGUCAGGAAGCGUCGAGGAGCGUUCAACAGCAAGCAGCUGUUCUACCUGGAGAAAUAUCGUCCAAAGAUGCGCCUGCGCUUCAAAGAUUCCAACGGCCAUCGCAAUAACUGCUGCAUCCAGUAGAGCCAAAACCCUGAGCCACGCCAACCCCGACCCACAACAGAAGAGUCGAGUUCAGCUUAAAACCUGGCAGGCUUGUUUUCUUAGUCAUUGUGUUGAAGUAUUUUAUUUUGGAAAAACCAUACUUGGUAAAUUCACCUGUCCCCUUCCCACUCCAGGUUCAAAAGCAAGUGUCAAAGAAAAUGAAAAAAAAAAAAAAAGAGUGGUGUGAACCGGAAUCACCGUGUUUUCUCUUCAUGUGCCCGGCAAAAAAAAAAAAGAAGAAGAAGAAAAAUUAGGAAGGGCAGCGCUGAGUCGUGUAUCAAUGUAAGAUGUUGGAUUAAUUGUUUUCUGCAAAACGCAUCCCAAAGAUUUAAAUUGGCCAGUUUAACCUGAGAAUGUGUUUAAAAAAAAA